GGCGGAAGUCAGGUCGCUUCAACAUGGCUGCGCUGAUCUAAAGAAAGCGACGUGAAUCUCAUCUUGUGUUGGUGAUCUGUUUUAAAAGGCGGCUUCAGCACGCGAACAGACGCCUUGUCCCACAUCUCGGCAGUGAGGAUUAGUGCGCGCACGCACAGCGAUGUCGCUUGCUGAGCCCAGCUCACCCUCAGCGCCUUUCUUCUCGGAGGACAAUGAGGCCGAGGGGUCUGGAGAGCCGGGGCCGGUGCUGGCGGGGGAGGAGCCAGCCAGCGGAGUGACCAAUCGCCGGGCAUAUUUCAUGGUGGCUGUGCUGUGCUAUGUCAACCUGCUGAACUACAUGGACAGGUUCACCGUGGCUGGUGUUCUGCCAGACAUAAAAAAUUUCUUUGGGAUUGACGAUGGAAAGUCAGGAUUGUUGCAAACAGUUUUCAUCUGCAGCUACAUGUUCCUGGCUCCCAUUUUUGGUUACCUGGGCGACCGCUACAACAGGAAAUAUAUCAUGUGUGGGGGAAUCAGCUUCUGGGCGCUGGUGACCCUGGCCAGCUCCUACACCCCCAAAGGCUACUUCUGGGCCCUGCUGCUGACCCGUGGGCUGGUGGGAGUCGGUGAGGCCAGCUACUCCACCAUAGCCCCCACCAUCAUAGCAGAUCUGUUCGUCAAUGAGAAGAGGACCAAGAUGCUGUCGAUCUUCUACUUCGCCAUCCCGGUGGGCAGUGGUCUUGGCUACAUCGUGGCCUCCGGAGUGGACAGUGUGGCACAGGACUGGCAUUGGGCUCUGCGGGUGACGCCGGCUCUGGGCUUCCUGGCAGUUCUGCUGCUGCUGUUAGUAGUGAAGGAGCCGAGGAGGGGUGCUGUCGAGGCCCGACCGGAGCACGGUCUGCACAGGACCAGCUGGGUAGCGGACAUCCAGGCCCUCAGCAAGAACCCCAGCUUCAUCCUGUCCACUCUGGGCUUCACCGCCGUCGCGUUUGUCACCGGCUCUCUGGCCCUGUGGGCCCCGAGCUUCCUGUUCAGGGCCGCCGUCUUCACUGGCGAAAAGCAGCCCUGCUUCUCCGGGACCUGCGACAAUUCCGACAGCCUGUACUUUGGGAUCAUCACCUGUGUAACGGGUGUACUGGGUGUGGCCAGUGGUGUAGCCAUCAGUACCUGGCUGAGGACGCGGACGCCCCGCGCCGACCCGCUGGUCUGUGCUGCCGGACUGCUGCUGGCAGCUCCCUUCCUUUACCUGGCCAUUGUCUUCGCCCAGGCCAGCACCAUCGCCACCUAUGUGUUCAUAUUCUUCGGGAAUACCUUCCUGUCCAUGAACUGGGCCAUCGUGGCCGAUAUCCUGUUGUACGUGGUCGUCCCCACGCGGCGCUCCACUGCCGAAGCCUUCCAGAUCGUCAUCUCCCACAUGCUGGGGGACGCUGGAAGCCCAUCCCUGAUCGGAGUGGUCUCCGACCACCUGAGGCAGGCCGACUCGUACCUGUGGCAGUUCCGCUCCCUCCAGCUCUCCCUGCUCCUCUGCGCCUUUGUGGGGGUGGCGGGCGGGGCCUUCUUCCUGGCUACUGCCCUGUUCAUCGAGAGAGAUCGCAAGCUCGCCCAGAGCUACACGCACUCGGGUGAUGAACCAAUUGUCGUGCCCAAGAGAGGAAGGUCCACAAAAGUCCCAGUAUCGAGUGUGCUGAUUUGAUUAGAGCCAAAGGAAUGUGAGAAGAUCCGCUGCCUUUUGGGAGGACUGCUUUCUCAUUGGCUGAAAGAGGGGAAACCAAUUAAAAGUUCAACCAAGGUUUUUCUGCUGCAGCUUGUCAAUAAAUUUAGAAAUUGGACUUUUUUUUUUCUAUUUAGCCAAACUGUUUUUUGGCUAUUUAUUAUCGUUGUGAUUUUCGUUUGUAUUCAUUAACCUGUUUGCGGGAGCAGUUAAUUCAGGGAGAGACGAAACGUGUUUUAUGUUCGUAUUUUCUGACGCUUCAUCAUAAAACACCCAUUACCUCUGAUAACUGAGAAGUGACACAGGCGAAAAGGCAGCUCUGAAGCCAGGCUUGCGGAUCUUGUUGGAAGUUUGAAGAACCUUCCAUCUGCCUUAGUCUCGGACUGGUGUACAAACUUAGUUUUGCGGCCACAUUGAAAGGACUUUAGACUGAGGUCCGUCGCCCCCUAGUGGUGGUGGUCAGCAGCUCGGUGAUGAUCAUGAUGUGACACUUUCUGCAGGACUCUGUUACGGUCAGAUACUAAUUCUGUACAGGUACUGAUGUUAUCAGUGUGGCUUGAGGCUGCAGACAGCAUUUGGCAUGUGUCUGUGUGCAGCAGCUCCGCCCCAGUGGAGAGACACCUCCAGUACGCCACUUACUGGGCUGCCCUCACACUCACGUCUAUAUUCCCAGUUUAUGUGGCAUGUUACGUGAUAAGAUAUUUUUCUGAAUUAUUAAGACUUUCCUGUGAUAGCACAUCACCCACAUUCAUCAUAAAAUGCUCCCUGAAGCUCUUGAAAAUUACACUAGUGCAGUUUUUAGCUGUCAUAAUUUCACUAAUGUUAACGUUAACAUGUCUGUCCAGGUUGUUUUCCCACUCUGAUAUUGUCGACCCAUCCGAGCAGGAUGACAUGGCUGCUCCUCCAGGAUGCCAGACCUUCAAAAAUGCUCCUUGUCAUCAAUUGUAACCGCAGUCUACUGUCUGUCUGCUGGCUUUGCUCACAUUGUUCAAGCUCGACAGACUGGUUGCAUUUGCAGUCAUUUUUAUGGAGUAUGAAUUUAUUGUCUGGGGGAUUUUUUUAUGGGAGCUGUCAUUUUCCACUCUAACAUCGUGUCAGUAAUUUGAAAACCAGUAACAGGUCAAAUCACAGGGCCUGUUUAAAUGCUACUUUCUUGCAAUGGUGACUGAAAUUAAAUGAUAACAAGCAA